AUGAUUGGAACCGGUAGCUCACUUGAACAACUUUUUUGGCUACUCAAAUUUUUAGGAGCUUCUGAAAAUGCAUCCGAUACUAUAACAUUUUCGCACUCUUUUCGAAUGAAAACCACCGAAGCCAAACAUAUGAUGCCUCGACAGUUUGCCACAGUUUACAAGACUUCAUUAAUUAAUUGGCAUAUACAAAUCUCGGAGUCCGGAGGAGGGGGACUUCCUGCAAUAUUCCGAAAUAUUGUUGACCCACAAUCUAGGGAUACAGUCCAUCAAAUCACUCUGCAUCCCGCUGGACAAAGAGAAAACCAUCCACCGGUUUUGUCAGUUGAAUUCAGAAUUCGAGUUAUCGACUUGUCAGGAAAAGAUAUCAUCACUCCAAUUCGCUUCGUUCAUCCACCUGGAUUCCCAGCUCGGUCUGUGUUUAGCGCUGGAUACUGUACUCCGGAACACGGACCAGUGAAAGAUUGGUUGGGUACUGUAAUUGGACACAAACAUUUCGAAAACUAUUUCUUCGAAAUUCAAACUUUCGUUAUUUUUGAUGUGAACGUUUUUUCGAACAUGAAGUAUUUGAAUCGAUCUUUUGGGAAACCGAUGCCACUGGAUCUUAAUUUCAGAUAUAACUUGUUGACGAACAAAAAUUCUCAUGAUUUCCAUUUGACAACCAGCACCCGAUUGAGUUUUCCAUGCAACAAAGAAGCAUUAUUCGUAGCUUCACCUUACUUUCGAAAACAGUUAACAGAUGAUAUGAUCUCGUUUCCCUUGGCAGUAGAAUUUCUGGAGACUAUCGAAGUGGUUAUUACCUGGUUGUUCACAGAAACGUAUCAUCCACCUUUCGAAAUGACUCCAGAACUGGCUCGUGAAAUCGUUACUUUGGCCGAAAUGAUUCUGCCCCGUGGACCCAAUCAACGACAAUUAUUUGGGUCAAUUGAAAGACACUGCUUCGAAGAACUGAUCAAGCAUCACGAAGACAUGAUGUACGUAAAACAUAUGAUGUUGGUUGCUCAUAAUCACAAGCUCGGAAGUCUUCUAGAAGCUUGUCAUGCAACAAUUAUCACUUAUCAUCUCGCUGAUUUUUAUAGAGAUAUGCAGCAAAAUCCUUCUCCUGCAUUCACCCAACAACUUGGUCUAAAUCGCGCGAGUGCAUUGGGUCGUCUCAAUGAGAACUACACGAGAAGUCUUUAUGUGAAAUGCUACACCAUAAAAACUCCGACAACACAAACUUCUCAGUCGCUCUAA